GCUGAAUCACAUCGUGUCGGUUGUCCUGGGUGACUAGUUCACAUAAUAUUCUUCAAACGCGAGUGUUGCAAGUGAAUUACGAUUUAAGUUUACCCCACAUUAAAGGUCAUCCUGCAAGAGUUUGCCACCUAUUGUUUUUACAUUUGGCACGGUACAUUUUGUCAGCAUCGAGUCGGUUUGAAGAAAUGAGUUUUAACAAAUACUCAAUAAUCAAGCUUGCGGAUUACUUCAGAUUACAUCGUGAUACGUAUCAGUAAAUUUUAGAGGACUUUAUUGUCGCAAUGACGUCUCAAAACAGAAUUGUAUUUACUAAAUUGUUGCUGUGCGGUUUGGUGUCCGUAGCUUGUGCGCGAUCAUGGGCGAAUCAUCACGACACUACGACGUCCACUACACACACCACUCCAACGACUAGUCAAGCACCGAAAAAUUUUCAUAAUGACCCCCUUAUCGUCGAAACUAAGAGUGGUCUCGUUAAGGGUUACGCAAAGACUGUGAUGGGUAGUGAAGUACAUAUAUUUACGGGUAUUCCCUUUGCUAAACCCCCAUUAGGACCAUUGAGAUUCAGAAAACCUGUACCGAUCGAACCGUGGCAUGGUGUACUUGAAGCUACGGCUAUGCCUAAUAGCUGCUAUCAGGAGAGAUACGAAUACUUUCCCGGCUUUGAAGGCGAAGAAAUGUGGAAUCCGAACACGAAUAUCUCUGAAGACUGUCUCUAUUUGAAUAUAUGGGUUCCUCAGCACUUACGUGUGAGGCAUCAUCAGGACAAACCCCUCGCUGAGAGACCUAAAGUGCCAAUUUUAGUCUGGAUCUACGGUGGAGGGUACAUGAGUGGAACGGCUACACUUGACCUCUAUAAAGCGGACAUAAUGGCGGCUUCUAGCGAUGUGAUAGUCGCAUCUAUGCAGUACAGAGUUGGCGCAUUUGGAUUUUUAUAUUUAAAUAAAUAUUUUUCCCCUGGAAGUGAAGAAGCGCCGGGAAAUAUGGGCCUUUGGGAUCAACAAUUGGCAAUCCGCUGGAUAAAAGACAACGCGCGUGCAUUUGGUGGUGACCCCGAAUUGAUAACGCUUUUUGGUGAAUCUGCGGGUGGUGGUAGUGUUAGUUUACACAUGUUGUCGCCUGAAAUGAAAGGUUUAUUUAAAAGGGGAAUACUUCAAUCAGGAACACUGAAUGCACCGUGGAGUUGGAUGACUGGUGAACGGGCGCAGGAAAUUGGAAAAGUUUUAGUCGAUGAUUGCAACUGUAAUAGCAGUCUUUUAGGUGUGGAUCCGAGCCUUGUGAUGGAUUGCAUGCGCGGCGUAGACGCUAAAACCAUAUCCGUGCAACAGUGGAAUUCCUACACCGGCAUAUUAGGUUUUCCGUCUGCGCCAACUGUUGAUGGUGUAUUUUUGCCCAAAGAUCCUGAGACAAUGAUGAAAGAAGGCGCUUUCCAUAAUACAGAAGUAUUACUGGGAAGCAACCAAGAUGAAGGUACCUAUUUUUUGCUAUACGAUUUUCUGGAUUACUUCGAGAAAGAUGGCCCUAGUUUUUUGCAACGCGAAAAGUUUUUGGAAAUAAUCGACACAAUUUUCAAGGAGUUCUCGAAGAUCAAAAGGGAAGCGAUUGUUUUCCAAUACACCGAUUGGGAGGAAAUCACAGACGGGUACUUGAAUCAGAAGAUGAUUGCUGACGUCGUGGGUGAUUAUUUCUUCGUCUGUCCGACAAAUUACUUCGCCGAAGUGCUCGCUGAUGCUGAGGUUGACGUCUACUAUUAUUACUUCACACACCGCACAAGCACAAGUCUGUGGGGCGAAUGGAUGGGCGUGAUGCAUGGAGACGAGAUGGAGUAUGUGUUCGGUCAUCCCUUGAACAUGUCCCUGCAGUACCACACCAGGGAACGUGACCUGGCUGCUCAUAUCAUGCAGUCGUUUACUAGAUUCGCGCUUACUGGGAAGCCUCACAAACCGGACGAGAAAUGGCCUCUUUACUCGCGGUCGUCGCCCCACUACUAUACGUAUACAGCUGAUGGUACUAGCGGCCCCGCAGGGCCCCGGGGGCCCCGCGCAUCAGCGUGCGCCUUUUGGAACGAUUUCCUUCAUAAGCUUGAUGAGCUGGAACACGUACCAUGUGACGGCGCAGUGACGGGCCCCUACAGCAGCGUCGCGGGCACCACCCUGCCCAUCGUCCUGCUCACCACUCUCGCCACAUCAGCGGCUCUUUAGACGUUUAGCACAUUCGUAGCAACAGUAUUGUAGAAAAUGUAUCCAAUUAUAACUAAGUUUCACUCAACCUAGCGUUAUGUUGACGCAAUCAAUAUUAUUGAAGUUAUAGUUUCGCUCCUGCUGAUUCAAUGUUUAUAUUAAGUUGAUCCUAUAUAAUAGUUUAUAGUUAUCUUAUAGUUCAGUGUGAUAAGUAGUUGAGUUUCUUCGGAUUAACUCUCGUCGAGGGAGGCUAGUUAAGUUAAAUUUAUUUUAAUAUUUAACGUCGUGUUGUACUUGGGUAUGUUGUUUGGGUGUUGGUAUUAUAGAAAGAAAUAUAUGUGAGCUUUAAUUGUUAAAGUGACGCUCCGCUUUCACGACAUUUAAUCACUAAACAUAUCAAUGUGUGCCUCUGCUUAAAUAGCAAUUGAAUACAUAUCGUAAUUGUAGUGGAUUUUAGAUUUUUGUAUUAAAAACAUUUUCAUAGAUAUAUAGAAAUAAUGAAUACGAUGUGAGAAUUUUUAUCAAUAUAUUUACAUAUAUUUAGGAUGCUAUCGACUAUACCAUUCGAAAAUCUUAUGAAUUCCGAUUUUCUUAUGACUUGGACAGAAUAAUAGCGUAUUUUGUAAAUAUUACUUCUAAUUAGAUCGCCGUAUCCGAUCGAAAACACUUUUCUAUAUUAUACCAAUGUAUCGUUACACGAAGUACCUACUGUAAGCACUGAGCCUAGGGUAAAAUGUAUUGUAUAACUUUUCUAAGUAUACAAAAAUCGGCACAUUUCUGCAAGAAUUUAAGUACAUGCUAUUAAUAGAUAGUAGUCUAUUUUGAUUCCCUUUAAUCUAUAAACGGUAAAGCUAUAUAAUAUUUAUAUUCUAUGGGAUUAUUUUAUUAAGUAGGCAUUUGACGGUAGAACGGAUUUGCGGAAUUAAAAUAAUAAGAAUAAACUCUAUUAAACCUGACUUAAUAAAAUAGUGUCACAUAUUUGUGUAGAAAUAAUGCUUUAAGUGGAAAUCAUCUUAUGAAUUUAGUAAAAUUGAACAAAAUAUUUAUAGUAUGAAUCUUUAGCGAUAGAUUAUAAUAUUUUACCUAUGUCAAUUAAUCUUGAACAAGUUCGGAAAACUAUGAAUGGAACUUACGUAUUACAUAUCGUACUUAUUAAAAGUACAUACAAAUAUUAUGUCUUACACUUGAAUACAUAUUCUAAUUUAUUGAAGGCAUUUGGGAUCAAAACCUUGGUUUGGAGAACGUAAUUAUAAUUUUGAUUCGACUACAGAACUGAAAGUGAAUAAAUAGGUAUUAAUAUUGGUCUCUAUAUUAUUCUUUACCGAUAUUAUUUGAAAAGUAACUCUAUCUCUUAUACCUAAAAACAGAUAGACCUUUAAUUUUCUUUUUAUUUCGUAAAGAAAAAUGUAUUUCUCAAAUAUCAAAAUAUAGAAAUAAGUAUCUAUAUUAUCACUUUG